CAGCACAAUGGAAGCGCUGUCUGUGUACCACGGGGCCAUCAGCCGAGAGACGUGCGAGAAGCGUCUGUAUGAAGCAGGCAAAGACGGCAGCUAUUUAAUCCGAGACAGUGAGAGUGUUCCCGAUGCAUACUGCCUCUGCGUUCUGUGUAAUGGUUUUGUCUACACAUACCGGCUCCAGAGAGACGCAGCGGGCUCCUGGGCGGCCGAGACAGCACCAGGUCACACUAAACGCUUGUUCCGAAAAGUCAAGAAUUUGAUCAGCGCCUUUGAGAAGCCGGACCAGGGCAUCGCCAUCCCCCUGCGCUACCCCGUGUCUGUCCAGAAGCCCUGCUAGAAGCGUCCUAACACACAGAGCAUGGGGACAGUCUCACUGUAUGAUCACAUCUGGAUUACUGUACAUAUCAAAGGAUUUGUAUAUAAGGAAAAACUAAAACCUCAUUUUGUCAAGUGUUUUUUUUUCUUCUUUUUUUUUUUAAGCCUCAUCUAAAAGAAUUAAUUCUGCGAUCAGUGGUCAACAAAUAUGAGUUUUAGUUCUAUUAUCAAACUGUUAACCCUGUCCUAAACAGACGGUUAUUAAGGUGUAUUAUCAUCACUAAACUGAUAAAUAAAGUACUGCAUUUUUUCAUUCUCAUCUCA